AUGAGCAGGAAAGACUGCGAAGAUGAUGAUCGGGAGCUUGAGAGGCUCUUAGAACAUUUGACUCUUCAGAACGACGCAUUUUCAUCUUCCAACAAACUUCUAAUGAGUUAUUACAAAGCAUUGAAAACUCAAACUUGCAAUAUAAUGAGUCUAAUUAAGGCUUUAAUAUGCAUCACUAAUCCAAAUAUCUCAUAUCGAGAAGACGAAGAUUUCGCUCUAAUUGUAAAUGAAUGCAAACUUAAAUGGGUUGAAUCUCUUUAUGAUUUCUUAAACAUUACUGAACAUGAUUUAGAAACUAUCAUAAUUUCACCAAUUUUGCAUUCUAACUCAUUAUCUGAAGCUAAAUUUGAGCUUAAAAUGAGUCUUAUAAAGUCAGAACUGAACCUCACAAAAGAUUUGAUCUCUAAGGCCUUCUAUACAAAUAUUAUUGGAUCCUUAAACCUUAUUCAUGAUUCAAAAGGAAUACGUGAGUUUAUUCUUGAAAUUUUGAAUCUUUUUAAGGCACAAAAAUCUGAAGAUUCAGUGCCAAAUAACAAACUUUUAUUCAAUUUAUUUCUUGUUAAACUCUUUAAUGGCCAAAAUUCUGAAGAAGCUAUGCUAAUUACCAGCAACAAAAAUGAAGAAUCUUCACAAUUCUUCAGUGAAAAACUCAACUUUGUAGACCUUUCCAAGUACUUUUGUUUUGACAAAUGUAUUCUAUUUAACAAAUUUAAUCUGAGAUUCCUCGUUUAUAAUAGUACAGGCGGUCUUUGUUGGUCUGAUAGAAUCUGUGAUAUGAACACCCAGUUUCUCCAAGAUUAUUACUUCCUUUUCAAAUUUGAUAAUCCUAAGAGAAAGCUCAUUUUUAACAUUAUUUCAUCAUUUAACCAAUUUAUCUCAAAUUUUAUCAUAAACUCCGUUGACGCUUUAAAUAUUGACCGAUUCAAUAAUAAUAGUGCUCUAAAACUUAGUCAAAACCAGCAUUACGAACUUCAAAGCAAAAAUAGCUCAGUGUUGGAAAGCAAAUAUUUAGAACCUUUAAGUCCAAUGGAAACUUUUAAUACCAUAAAUGACGUUCUCUCCUCAAGUAACUCACUUCUAAGCACUUCCAUUAUCAAGCCUGAAAAUACUGAUCAUUCAAUUAUUAAUUCAAUAAAUACAUUUACAUCAUGUGUAUCUCAAGAAAUACAACUAGAUAAAAUUGAUAUCUCCUCAAAUCAAAUUACCAAUCUUUUGGAUAACAAUUUACCAAUCCUCCAAAGGUCAGACUCCAAUACCACAACUCUUUCAGAAUUUAUAGGAGAAUCCAAUAAUUACCUCAUACCACCUUCUGAGCCUCAAAAUAACAUCAAUAUUGACUUUUUCUAUGAAAAUGAUCUUCAAUCUCAUGAGUGGGUUCUCUUAUAG